GGCACAGAGCCACGCCCCCUACUAACGCCCGGUGGAGAGAAGCCGUUUGCGACACUCAUCUUUGCUUUACGGCAGCCCCUGAAGCACACCAAACAUGUGAAGGAAAAGAGAAGAAAGAAAACGAAAAUUUGAUCCCAAAUGGAGAAUUACAGUAAAGGUCGCAGCACAGAGCAGCCAUCCGUGUGUCCGUUCAGCCUUGUCCCCGACACGCCGGAGGUGCGCGUCAAAGACGGCAGUAAGAUCCGCAACCUGCUCCGCUACGCCCUGAGUCGCAUAGAGGCCAAAUCGCAGGUAGACAAACAUGACGGCGGGGGAGACGGCGAAGUCAACGAGGAUCCGCCCAGCCGUCCCCUCUGCCGCCAGCUGGUGUUCACGGCCAGCGGCAAGGGUGUGUCGAAAGCCAUAACGUGCGCCGAAGUGGUUAAACGACGCGUCCGGGGCCUCCAUCAACUGACCUCGCUGGCCAGCUCCACGCUGACAGACGUGUGGGAUCCCCUGGAGCCGGCCGUCGGACUGGACAGCAUCACCGUUAGCAGGAAGCUGCCCGUCAUCUGGAUUCUACUUUCUAAGGACCCUCUGGAUCAUAGCCUGCCUGGGUACCAGGCGCCCGGACGCUGUGACAACCUGUGGACUCGUGAUAAUAAGGAGGAGGUGGGAGCAUACAAGAGGAAGAGAGGCGGAGGCGGCGGUAGAGGAAGGGGCGGAGGGCGCAACACAGGACGUUCUCGAGACUUGAAAGCAUCCAUCUGAUAAAAAGCAACGGGUUGAGUGUGUUUAGAAUAAGAUUGCAAAGGGGUGGAAAAUUUCUAUAGGAAGUUAAGUUGAGGAAUUUUGGGCAAAUGCAGUGGUGCCUUGACUUACAAGUGCCCCAAUUUAUGCGUUUUUCAAGUUAUGAACUGCGCCUUACUUUUUUGUUGUUUUUCUUUUGUGUUGGGAAGCCAACAUUUAAUUCAAGUGAGCUUCAGACACUCCACCCGUAGAUGGCGGCAUUGAGCUUAAUGGGGAGGUCAAUUCAAAGACUUGGUGUUCAUAUUUCUAUUUGGCCCAACUAAUCUAAACAUGAUAUUCUGACUAAUAUUGCAUUUGCGGAAUAUAAAUUAAUCUGAAAAAUCUUCCUGUUUUUAUCCACCUUUUGGGGUGGCCAUUUUGCCACUUGCUGUCGACUGAAAAAGCACUGUUGCUCAGGUCAAAGGAAAUGAAUAAUCGCGGCUCAGUUUGUAAACGUCACAUGACUAAGAAAACCAGAUUAAAACAAC